AUUAUUCGAUUAAAUAAAUUAUCAGAGGUAGAAAGAAAAUUUUUAUUAAAGAUGAAUCAUCUUUAUUAAGCAUUUUUUAUUUUGUUUAAGUUUAAAUUUAUUUGAUAAUAAAAAUAAUCAUUCGAAAGUUCACAUUGCUGCUUUCAAAUUCUGUAAAAUCAAUACAUAUAACCUAUCUUGUUUAUAUUACUAGUUGAUCAAAAUGAAUAACAUUAAUGAAGUUAUAAGUAAUUUAUAUGAAGCUUUGGUGUUGAUACGUUAUCCUGGAAUAGCACAAGUUGAUAUCAGUAAUCUAGAAUCCACUGUUGCUAAAAAUAAUAGGAUUCCUAUGCUACAUUGGCUAGCUAGUCACAGCCUAAGUAUUGGUGAUCCUAAUUCCAAUCCACCAUCAGAUGACGAAACUUCUAUCGUACAAUGGUACACAGAGUUGGGUGUUUGUACUAACAGGGAAGCAUUAUUGGGUGAAUGUUCUCUAAAAGACCAAUUGGAUACUCUGGUCCGAUUGACUCACUUUGUGAUGAAUGGCUUUGACCAAAGUCAAGAACCAUUAGAUUCACCUUGGGACAUUGCAAUAAAAUAUUGUAAUAGUUCGACUAACAUAAUUCCAGCUGCGUCUAAAUACACUGGAAAUUUAAAAUACAAAGCCGUUGAAGAAUUCAUGGAAAGAGUUGAACAAAAUAUAAAAGAAGCUAGAAAUGGAAGUGAAGAAUUAAGUGUCAAGAGAUGAGACUGAUACGUUACGACAUGAAAAUGGAGAACAUAAUGCAAAUAAUAUUAAAAUGGAAAAUAAUGGACCGUUAGUUUUAGAAGAAUUUUAUGAGUCAUUUAAAUCGAUAAGCAUUAAAAAUGAUGAUCGGCAACUCUCUAAAAAUACUAAUUUUAUUGAUAAGUAUAUGGAAACUAUUCCUCAACAAUUCAAUACAGUGACAGAGGUAUUGGACAAUGAAGCGAAUAUAUCACAAACUGUCAUAUCAAAAGGACCAGCUUUAAAAGAAAAUCCUAUUGAUGAUAUCGUUCAAGAAGUGGUCACUGAAUUAGAAACAGUAUCUACUCAAUAUAACUGAGUUUAAUUAAUUAAAAAAAUAUCAUUUGUGUAUAUAUUUUUUUCAAUAAAUUUUUGAUACGAUUAUGUGUAAAAUAAA